AUGUCCACGAAAGUCAUCAUCGUUGGUGGCGGUUUGAGCGGUCUUUCCGCCGCGCAUACCGUCCUGGAACGCGGAGGGAAUGUGCUUCUAUUGGACAAGAACAGCUUCAUGGGUGGUAACUCGACAAAGGCUACCAGUGGUAUCAACGGUGCCAAUACCCAGCCUGGCUUUCUCUUCCUUCUUGGACAUGCUUCUGACCGCCCGAUCAGCUUUGCCGACACCAAAAAGUCUGCUCGUGACCUUGCCCGAGACGACCUGAUCAAAGUUCUGACCUAUAAAUCUGGUGACGCCGUCAACUGGCUGGUCGAACGAUUCAACCUCGAUCUCUCCAAGGUCUCCCGAUUGGGAGGCCAUUCUGAGAAGAGAACCCACCGUGGUGGUCAACAGUUCCCGGGAAUGACUAUCACCUACGCUCUGAUGGAGAAGCUUGAGGAUCUCACUGAGAGCCAACCGGAUCGAGUCAAGAUUGUCAAGAAGGCCAAGGUCACCAAACUCAUCCAGGAGGGCGGCAAGAUCGUCGGUGUCGAGUACGAGCGAGAAGGUCAGAAGCACACUGAACACGGGACUGUCGUGCUCGCCACUGGAGGAUACGCUGCCGACUUCACCUCUGACUCUUUGCUGAAGAAGCACAGGCCAGAGUACUACGAUCUCCCUACUACCAAUGGGGAUCACUGCACUGGUGAUGGGCACAAAAUGGCCAUGGCCGUUGGAGCCAAGGGCAUCGACCUCGAAAAGGUUCAGGUACACCCAACUGGUCUUGUGGACCCGAAGGAACCCGAUGCCAAGGUUAAAUUCCUCGCUGCUGAAGCCCUGCGAGGCGUCGGCGGUAUCUUGCUGGACAACACUGGAAACCGAUUUGUCGACGAGCUGCAGCACCGAGACUACGUCACUGGCAAGAUGUGGGAAAACAACAAGUUCCCCGUUCGAUUGGUCUUGAAUGGUCAGUCAAGCAAGGAGAUCGAGUGGCACUGCAAGCACUACGUCGGACGAGGAUUGAUGAAGCGAUUCAAUUCUGGAGAAGAACUUGCAAAGGAGAUGGGAGUCAAGCCCGAGGUGCUCCAAAAGACAUUCGAUGAUCACAAUAAAUAUGCCAAGAACCCCGGCACUGACCCAUUCGGCAAGAAGUUCUUCUCCGGAGGUGAUUUUAAGAUGAACGAUGUUUAUCACGUCGCUCUUAUGACCCCUGUUCUUCACUACACGAUGGGAGGCCUAGAGAUCGGUACUGACAGCGCCGUCCAUGACUCUGGCAACAAACCCAUCCCAGGUCUGUUUGCUUGCGGAGAACUGGCUGGUGGUGUUCACGGUGCCAACCGUCUUGGGGGAUCUUCUUUGCUGGGAUGUGUCGUUUUUGGACGAGUAGCAGGAGAUUCCGCGGCCUCCUAUACCCUUGCACAACUUUCCAAUGAGCGCGCUGCCAAUCGAUUGAACACGGUCGCCAAUCACCUCCUCGAGACCCGCAUUCGAGUCGAUCCUAGCUCGAAACAUGUCAAUCUUCAAUUCAGUUGGGCGGACGAGGGAUCUGGAGGAACUGGCCUGACCGCUGCUGGGCCAUCCUCAGAGUCUGUGCCUGCCGAGUCUAAACCUGCGAAGGAGGGUGACCGCACUUUGGCCCAGGUCGAGCAGGAGAAACUUCCCAAGCCUGAAGCCAAGAAGAAUGGCGAGGCUAAGGGCGAGUACACCGCGGAAGAGGUCGCCAAGCAUAACAAGGAGAGUGAUUGCUGGGUCAUUAUUGAUGGUCAAGUGCUGGAUGUAACCAACUUCCUUAGUGAACAUCCUGGUGGUGCCAAAGCUAUCCUGCUAUACGCUGGACGAGAUGCCACUGAGGAGUUCAACAUGAUUCAUCCACCUAAUGCCAUUCCCAAGUAUGCUCCUGAUACUGUCAUCGGAAAGCUCAAGAAGUAA